AUGGGUUGUUGCGGCAGUGCAGAAGCCACUGCCUGCACGAACAACGAUGAGGUUGCCUCGCCUUUGGCUGUCAGCUUCAGCCGUGGAGGAGCGGAUGAGGACCCAACCGGCCUGCCACGGUUGCUGGGCCGCAGCGCCUCAAGUGCUGCUGCAAGCGCCUCGUGCGAAAGCCUCAAGUCCGGGCAAGAGCGGCCUGCGACGGGCGCCGCAGCCCCAGACUUGGGGCAGCCUCUAAGUUCCGGCGAUGGUCCAGGAGUAGCCUCCUCUAGCGCUGUCUGCAACUCUGCUGGCACAGCCUGGCAACUUGCGAAGGUAGAGAACGAGGAAGCCCCGGAAGCCCUCGCCCGUGGCUGGGAAUGCUUGCGUGCAGACGAGCCCCUGCGGGCCGUUGGCUACUUCACCGAGGCCAUCAAGAUUCUCCCCACAAGCGCCGAGGCGUACAACCUCCGUGGUAUCGCGAAGGAGUUGACGCAGACUCCUGGAGCACAUCAAGACGACCAGGACUACCAGGCAGAUUACCAGAGAGCCGACCAGCUAGCAGGGGACCCGGAAACGAAGAAGCGGCUGGAGAUGUUGCGAAAGUGGAAGCCCGUUGGCUGGCAGGUGAGACGGGAGGUUGAAGCCAAGACGCUGGCCAGCGAGGCUGAUUUCCUCAUCUCGUUUACCACUGGCGAUGCAGAAGCCAACAAUGCAACGCUCAGGAUGCUGCAGGAGGGAUGUGAGUUUGUUGGAGAAGUGCGGCCCAUGAGUUUUUGCACAGACAAGUCCCUGGGGUUGGGCCAUUUCGGGGAGGAGGGGCCCCGCACCAUGGCCCAACGAAAGGAAGGGGAGCUGCCCCCGUGGUUUUUGCACUACAAGAGGGCCGCCGAAGCCACGAAGCACGGGAUCCUCAUCGUGAACCUCACCCGGUCCUACUUCAACUCCGUGGCCUGCAUGUGGGAGUUCGGCUACCUGCAGAGGCCAGAGCUCGUACACGUCUUCGUGCCGGGCAUGCCAGGACAUCCGCCACGGAUUGCAAAGUGGGAGGAGCUGGCACGCGAUGCCUCGCUGUGCGUGCGGGCCUUCAGAAUCCACGGUCCUGACGGGCAGCAGCAGCUGAUGGAUUCAUUGGAAGAUCCGGGGCUUCUGGAUCCUCGUCAUGCUGAGUCUGUGCUGACAAGGAUCGAAGAGUUGCAGCAGCGCGAGAACAAAGAGCUGCGAAAGCAGGAAGCCUGGUGCCAAUUGCCCCUUGCACAGCUCAGUCAUACGCUGGCCGUCUCUUACUUUGGAGAGAUGUCUACGCAAGCCAUGGGUUGGCAGCAUCGGUUGGCAUCACUUUGCCUCCAAACCGGGCAAGCCUUGGAGGCACGCGAUCUGGCUGAGCGGCUGUGUAAGUCCAUGGAACAGGCCUAUGGCCCAGAGAGCGCAGAAGUUGCCAAGACGCUGAACAAUUUGGCGAAUGCCUGCGGGGCUCUCGGAGAUCAUCGAGAAAAGAAGCGGCUCCUGGCGAAGGCCUUGGUGAUUAACGAGCGGGA